AUGAGUAAAGUCCAUCUUGAGCCAGUUUAUAUUGCCAAUGUAGCGUUGUACGUUGACAGAUAUUCUACAUUUGAAACCCUUCAAAAGGUUUCACAAAAUUGUAUUGUUGGAUUAGAAAUACUACAUAUCAACCCACAAAAACUUGCCACUGGAAUUGAUUAUUUAUUCCGUGUUAUUCCAAACUUAAACACGUUGUGUUCUUCCAUAGAAUACGCCAAGAACGAACUAAUUGAAAAAUACACAAAUAAAAUACGAUGGAUCGAUGCGUCGGGGCAGGUUAGUGAUUGCUCAAAAAUUCCAACAUUAUUUAACGAGAAAAUCAACAAAAUACGCAUAUUGGGCUAUGACUUAAAAAAUGUCAACAAAUACGAAUCUUUAGAACAAAUUAUUGUCGAACAACUUAGUCCAAAUGAUUUGUGUUAUUUAGAAAACUUAAGUACUCUUGUCAAUUUAAAAAUAGUAGUUCUGUAUUCUAUGGUAACAAUCGAUAACAGCAAACAGAAGUUUAUUAAUGUUUCAAAUUGUCUUCCCAACGUGAAAUUUUCGAUAGUUUUAAAUGUGUCAAAUGCCUGUAAUAUUGAACAUAUCACUAAAAAUUUGAACUUUAUGUAUUGGGAUUAUAUCAAAGCAAAAACUCGAAUUUUUAACACUGAAAUUUACAAAACAAAUCCAAUAAAAGAAGAAAAAGUGGAAGUUGAUUGUAGUAAUGACAUAGUAACAAAUAGCUAUAAAAUUUAUAUAUCGAAGAAUGGAACUGAUUUGAAGAUGUAUUCUUCCUUUAACGACAAAACGUUUGAUAAAAAAUUAACAUCUGAAAAAUAUCAAAAAAUAAAAAUUGUAUUGAAGGGAGAAAUUUUGUUCGAAAAAACAAUAAUGGUAAAUAUUCACAAAAUUUUCAAAUUUGCUGCAAAAACAGUUAUAAAUGGAAAAUUGUACGAGUGUGAUUUUUUGAAAAAAGAAAUUGGCAACAUAUUUACUUCUAAAUGUGCAAAUUAUAUUAUUCGUUUGGAAAUCACAACAAGUAAUAAAGUUAUGACAAUAACUCUUUAUUUUGAGUCAACUUUUGAUGUAAUUAACUCAUUGACAAGUGCAACCAAAAUGACUGAUGUUUCAAUAAAUUCAGAUCUUUCAAUAAUAAAAAAGUGCAAAUUUAAAA